UGACACUGGUCUGYCAGAUGUUCGUUAUGAGGACGUGGUACGUUGGCAAUGCUUUUAUCACCAAUAACACCAACUUAAAUAAGCUAGAAUGCAGCAGCCUGCUGUUGAUAUAAUAAUUCUAAAUAUGUUACCACCAUGAUUUAAGAUAAUUAUCUUAAAUCGUGGUUUCCAGUUUACCACCAAAAACGUUUGCUUAGAUUUCGCCAAAUUACUAAUUAGAAGCAGUUAGCAUAAUUUUUUAUGACCGUUUUAAAGUUGAAUUUCUUCAAAAUUGCGUACAUACUACAUUAUUUAAUAGUAAUAGUAGCUUUCAUAAAGUUUUUAAUAGGCGUGGCAAAAGUUGGAUAAUCUAAACAAAGUUCUGCAUAUGGUUUUUAUUCACGAUUUAUAAAAAAAAAUUGUAGUGCAAAUUUUGAGUACACAUGCCUAUAGGGGUUGAAGCUAAUGCACUACAAGCCUUAGAGAAUCUAUUAAUGUAACUUUUAUCGAAAAUGGUCCAGUAGUUGUUGAGUCUCUAGUUGACAAUUUUCAUUACUUGACAUAACCGAUAUGAAGAAUUUCCAAGAUAUUUUACCACCUCAACCACACCAUUUGACCGGAUACACUGGAUUUGUUCCGGGCUACAUAACUGCCUGCGGUCAGGGUUAUGGGAAAUUAACGCAUAAUCUAUUAUAUAAGACAAAUAAUCGGUCUGGUGUACCAGUACUCAGUGACAUUAACAGCCUACACGACGAUAGGACUUGUACUGUUGAAGAAGCAGACUCCUUAAAUAAGCGAUGUGCAGACAAUUUAAAUUGCAAAUAUACUACAGAUAUCAUACCAGGUUAUGCGGGAUAUGUGCCACAAUACAUCUACCUAUGUGGGAAAAAGUAUACUUCAGAUGCAACUCAAGGAAUUAAUAAUUUUAUGAAAAUACAAAAUUCGUGUUCAUGUCCACAAUGUGAAGAAAAAAAAGGACGUUCUAUGAAAUCGGAUAAGAAAAAUAUUGAUAAUGUGUCUGACGUUAAUAAAAAUACAAAUCCUAUCGAAAAGGUAAAGCCUGUUAAAAAUGUUAUUUGA